AACCCUACUUCACCUAUCACCACCUUGAGAAAAAUCACUCAAAACUUGAUGGGGGGUAAAAUAAUGAGUGUGAUAGGAAAAAAUUCCAAAAAAAAGUAGAAUCGGUGAAAGACUAAAAAUAGCAGCCGAUAAAUAAAAAACAGCCCCAAUCAAGAAAAGAAAACGAUAAGAUGUGUUUUUAUUUUUACCUGAAAUGUUAAAGACGCCGUCACCCAGGGUUGAAAGAAUUGAGCUAUUUUCUGAUCGGUAAGAAUUGAACUGUUUUAAUACUUAAGCAGGUUGAGCUCGAGUGAUGCUGGAAAGUUCUUCUUUCUUCGAAAUUUGCGGCGGUGGCUCGCCCUCCGACGAAGGGGGGGCGCCGGAACUCGGAAAUGAAGGUGGCAGCGGCGGCCUUGCCGAGGACGGCGACCGCAAUUCAGCCGGCAAUCGAUGGCCGCGAGACGAGACCUUGGCUCUGCUCAAGAUAAGGUCCGAUAUGGACCUCGCUUUUCGCGACUCCACUCUUAAAGCUCCUCUUUGGGACGAAGUUUCAAGAAAACUAGCCGAGCUCGGGUACCAGCGGGGAGGAAAGAAAUGCAAAGAGAAAUUCGAAAACAUCUACAAAUACCACAAGCGAACCAAACACGGCAGAUCCAGCACGCCCAACGGCAGAAACUACAGAUUCUUCGAGCAGCUGGAGCCUUUCGACUCCCAGAUUCCGACAUUCGCCAUCGAGACUCAUAAAUCAACACCAACCACAAACAGCCAAGAUUUCACCAUACCUUGUUCCUCCACCUCCACCGCCUCUUCUUCCGAGGAAACUGAAGGUAACAUCAAGAAAAAGCAGAAAUUGGCCGACUACUUCGAGCGGCUGAUGAGGGAUGUCCUCGAGAAGCAGGAAGAACUGCAGCGGAAGCUUCUGGAAGCCAUUGAGAGGUGCGAGAAGGAACGCGUGGCCCGCGAGGAGGCCUGGAAAGCCCAAGAGACAGCCCGCAUCAAGAAAGAGCAGGAGCUUCUCGCCCAAGAACGAGAACUUUCCGCGGCCAAAGAUGCAGCUGUGCUCGCCUUUCUGAAAAAGAUUGCCCAAGAGACCAACACCGAAAUUCUCGACCUCUCUUUAUUGGAAAAGAAGAUUUCGGAAAAGCAAGAACAUGAUAUCCUGGAGAAGAUGGGUUACUUACAGCCGCGUGGUGAAACUUCUACUACUAAGGUGAAUUUCAAUUUCGCUCAGACGAAUUUUACUCAGGCGGGGUCCACUCGGUGGCCUAAGGCAGAAGUCGAGGCUUUGAUUAUGCUGAAAAUGGAUCUUGAUAUGAAGUACCAGGACAGCGGGCCGAAGGGCCCCCUUUGGCAGGAGAUCUCGUCUUGCAUGAAGAAGCUCGGGUAUGAGAGGAAUGCCAAGAGGUGCAAGGAGAAAUGGGAGAAUAUAAAUAAGUAUUACAAGAGAGUGAAGGAUGGGAACAGGAAAAGGCCAGAGGAUUCGAAGACGUGCCCGUAUUUCAACAUGCUCGACUCUAUUUACUCGGGCAGGUUCGAGAAGCCGCCGUCUGGACUUGAUGGGUUGAAGCCAGAGCAGAUCUUGAUGCAGAUGAUGGCUCAUAACGAACAGGUGGCGCAAGAACAGCCGUCGAUUGGGGAAUAUGACGGUUGUGACCCUGAAGAGCAACAAGGGGAGGACAUGAAAGAUUGUGAAGCUGGGGAUGGAUAUGAAGAAGUUGCGAAAAACCUGACUUCAGUUACUAGUUUGGGGUGAUGUUCGAUAAUUUUGGAGUUUCGUCAUCGAGUUUUGAAAGUUGUUGCAUCAGAUAAACGGUCGUGAGUGAUUUUGGUGAUGGAUGAGAGCUUUCAGUGCAUUUGAAGUGUUACCUUAGCAGGGUUUUUCUUGAGAUUUGACGCUGUUGGGGAAAUAGUUUAGGGUGAGAAAAUGGUGUUCCUGU